AUGGCUGUAACUAUUUUGAAUCUUCUGAUAAGCUUAUCCGUUAUGUUGGACGCUGUUGCAACUCUUCCGCACGCCAACCUUUAUCGUGAUUUAAAGCGACAAAUUGCCUUUGGAAAUUUUAAACCAGACCAACGACACAAGUUAGUCGGAACUAAGAUCGCCUCUUCCCUUGUUUCAGACAUAACUGACUGCACGCUGAACUGUGUAAGUGAGUCCCUGUGCAAAUCGUUUAACAUCGCGGCAAGUCCUGACUCUGAAAAUCUUUAUUUGUGCGAAUUGUUAGACACCGACAAACACAGGGUUUCUGUAAAUGAUCUUCAAGCAAAUCCUGCUUUUAAUCAUUACAGCCCUUGGGUAAGUUGAAUGUUUUAGUUUGGUUAUCUGCUACAGUGACUGUAAUAAAAAGGGUUAACUCGGACGUGCAAAUGUUAAUGAUGUACGCAAUAAUAAGCUUAUAGAAUGAAGUUCCCCAAAGGUUUAAGGGCCUGUUUACAUGGAGUGGGGGAGCCCGGUCUAGUGGGGUAGGUUUCUUUUGUUUUGUGUCCUCCAGAGCGUGAAAACAAAAGAAACCAACCCCACUAGACCGGGGUCCCCCACUCCAUGUAAACAGGCCCUAACUCACGAAUACUUUCAGUAAUUUGGGAUCUAAUUAGGUCAACAAAACUCUUUCAUAUAUGUUGCUGAAAUUAACACACACUGACUUGUUAUUCCUUUGUUGCUAUAGCUAUUCAUUGUACGAAAACUUGCUUAAUUUCACAUUGUUCUAUUGGUUUGUAUAAAUUUAAGCGCUUCAUUGUCAAAUAGUAAGGACAGUAAGUUUCUCAGUCACUUUUACCAUGCAAAUAUUAUCUCACCAAGAGAGGAUAAAGCUCGGAGAACGAAUUCCUCAUAUAAGCCUUCUACCCAUAGUAAUCCCUCUAAAGUUAUUUGUGGAACGCAUCCUUUUUCCCGCGGAUAAUUUUUCCUCGGACGCGCGUUACGUGGAAGUUUCGUGGAGGAAUGAAAGUGCAAAAGAAUGUCGGGAGUGCGAGAGUUGCGAUAAAUGCGAAACAAAGUGAUACUAUUAGAAAUAAAAACAUCUAGAGGAAACAUUUUGUUAAGCAAUUAAUGACCAUUUGUCGUCAGCCGUGCUUCACAUUUUUAGUUCUGCUGGCUCAGGAAGAAAAAAAGUUUACAAUUGUAUUCGAUUAGGUUUGUUCUCUUAUCUUACUAUCUUAAGAUAAAAGAGCUGUACUUUGCUAUUUAAAGAUGUUUGUUUAUAGAAUAAAUAGAAUUAUAAUAUGUGCAUGGAUCUAUAAGGGAACUUUAUCAUCUUGGAUUCAAGUCUACAUCUCACUCGUUUGCUUCGCUCACUCGUUAACUAGCUGGGAAUUAAUUUGACAAUAUGGAAGAUAAAUUACGUAUCUCUGCUAAGGAAAAAGUUCAUACAAUUCUGUUGAAAAUAUUUGAAGUUCAGGAUAGAUAUGCUGACCUAAACACGAUAAUCUCCGAUUUUAAAAAAUAUUAGCCCCCGCUUAACUUAUCUAAAUAGCUGCCUCGAUUUUCUUAUCUCAAUUUCUCUUGUGACUGACCUUUUUUAUUAUAAAUAUGGUUCUUUUUCACUUCAACUUUUCGUAAUAAAUCUUAAGCCGUCUACACACCACCUGCCUCGAUUAGCCUUGCUAUUUGCAGGUGGUGUGAUAUUUGUAUAUUUAAUGUAAGAAAUAAAGAUGUUGUUGUUGUUGUUGUUUGUUGUCUGCGCUGUUACUCUCACUGGGCAUCAAACCACAGUCUCAUCCUGCAUAACUUGAGCGCCGACAUUACACAACACGUACACGAAGAUUUCUUGAUUCGACCACCCGUUAAGUUAGUUACGGCUGUUUUCCACCUGUGAAAUUGUUGUUACCAUACAGUCGUGUUCAGUUUCUUUUAAUACGUUUGCAAGUAGCCUGGCUCUUCGCAUUUGACAAAACAGAACAGUCAACUUCGUACUGAGUACGGCAUUGUAUGCAUAUAAUAUACAUCAUCGGAGAUCCAGGGGCAGUAAGUUAAUUGGGUCGGAAGAAACGCCGAGAGGAGAAGAUUUUUAAGCAGGAGCUUAAACAAUAUAUAUAGUGUAAGGUUCAAUAAAGGUGCAGAAACGUGGAACCAACAUGGUCAUUGAUUCUCAUCUUGUUUCUAUGAGAAACCAACAAACUGUUAAAUGGACUACUUGCCCUGUCAAACGGGUCAAAUAAUCUCUCUAAGUAUAGGUUAGUUAUAAACAAAGGCAUUGUAAUUAGUACCAAUGAAACAACGGAUAAAAAUUACAAUCUCUGAUCAGUCCCAUUUACCUUUUGUUGACAUUUUUUUUCCCUUUUUUGAUAGUAUCCGUGUCAACCAGGAUCAGCUGGAUUUCACUGUGAUCGUCAAGGUAAACGACUGCUUAAACCGACGAUAUAUUUAAGGCCAAAAAAUAAACAAACAAGCAUCGAUUAUUUUUUCUUGUAAGCUUGCCGAGCAUAGAUUUAAACAAAACAUCCUCCUCAUGACCUAUUUGGAAAACAAAGCAACUAUUGUGUCCCCGUGGCAUUUUAAUCUUAUCAGUGACCCCUAGCAGAGCGCAAGUUCCUCAACCGCCCAGGGGCUGACAUUUUUAUGUUUCCUAACGUCCAGUGUCACGACCAGCGAAAAAAUGCAGAGUUCUAAAAAGCUAAAAGCUGUUAGGUGCGAGGUUAAGAUUUAUGCCACUGUCCCCGGGUAAAUUAAGGUAAUUUCCUUUGAAAAGAAUGACUACUACAGUGGAACCCAGUUAAUACGGACACCGACAUAACGUGUCUGUAGUGUCCUUACUAUUUACUAUUAUUAACUUACCAUUAGCUUUAUUGUAUAUCACACACUCGGAAAAAAAAAAAAUUCGUGAGAACAACCAAAGCAGGGGGCUUAAAUGGCCUAAGGUCAGCAAAAAAACGUGAAGAAUUUACAUGAAUAAAAGAAGGCGUUAACUACAAUAAUUGCCCCCGUAGGGAUUUCGCCCAGAGGCAAAGUCCCGAGGAGGCACCCUAGUAACUCAAGCGUAUAUUAAGGACAGUACUUACAGUUCAAAUAUACAGUCAGUAUACUAGAAAAAAUCUCCAUUUGCUCGAACAGGGGCCGCGAGGAAUCGGUAGGUAAUGACGACGUUUCUAUUGUUUGCGCCCGCAAGUACGAAAUGGGUAGGAUGAUGUAAAGACAGAAAAUUCCGAAGGGACCGCUCAGGUAGAUUGUGCAGUCAUACUUCGAUACUCUUUUGCGUUACGCAGUGACAUUCUGUGGAGCAGUUGUUUUGAAAGUUAUGGGCCAAAAGACACUCGUUAAGCGCAGAUGAGGUUAUAAGGUGCGUUUAACUGUGUAUAUAUAAACACUUGGAGGUUUGCCAGACACGAGUUCACAAAUCUUUGAUUUAUAUUGGAAACCUUGCCAGACACUCUUUCUCUCUCUUUGACCGGAACAAGCAGGGGCGGAUCUAGGGGGAGGGUGCAGGGGGUGCGCACCCCCACCUGAGAUGACCUGCGGUUUUCUAAUACAUCUUUUUUUCUGCAAAAAAAAAACUAUGUGGUUUAUUGGUGUUGAAGUAGAGCAAGAGAUGAGUGCACUCCCUCCUAAAAAAAAUCCUGGAUCCGCCCCUGAUAAGACUCAGCCCCAAACAAGGAAGACGAGUGAACAACGGCUAGCUUAUCACUAGCAGAUUGAUGGACAAUUACAUGUGUUCGCCGACAAUCUAAUUCUGUGCUGUCUUUUUCCCUGCUCACAGAUGUCCUUGCGUUAUAAAGUUUCAAAUAAGACUAACCUGCGAUCAGGAGAAUGCGCAAGCGUGAAUCGAUCAAAAGUCCUUUUAAUUUCUAAGGCUUACUUUCCGGCAAAUAAAAUGAACUGAAUGUAAAAAGUGAAAGAGAAAUAGCGAAAAGUUGAACUUCUAAGUGAAUCUUUUCUUAUGGUUUAGAAUAAACUAUUCUCGAAACUGAGAAUGUUUUGAUCAAAGCUGUGUAAAUCGAGCUGAAACUGUGCAUGGAACCUUGCGUUUCCUGUAUUAAAUUAAAAUUAAAAAUUAAAAUUAAUUAAAAUUAAAUUAAAUUAAUUUUAUUUAAGCUCCAUAGCGUGAGGAGUGGUUGCCCAAUCUCCCGAGCCAGGGGCUCAUGUACUAAACGCUCGAGCAUUCCGGAUUGAAUUGGAAUUAAUUUAGAAAUGUUGGUUUUUGCGGAGAGGGGAAAACCGGAGUACCCGGAGAAAAACCUCUCGGAGCAGAGAAGAGAACCAACAACAAACUCAACCCACAUAUGACGUCGAGUCCGGGAAUCGAACCCGGGCCACAUUGGUCGAAGGCGAGUGCUCUCACCACUGCGCCAUCACUGCUCCCCAUUUAUGUAUUUAUCACACCUUUUGUAUGGAAUACGUGUGAAAAUCUUCGUUAUGAAUCGGUAUAUUUCAAAGAGCUACACAACCAGCAAAAAUACUAUUGACCGACAAUAUACAGAACGGGGGCAGCUGUAGUGUCAACUAUUACUAGUUACAAUACUAUUAAAUCAAAAGAAAGAAAAACACAGAGAAAACUAAAGAAAAAAAAAGACAGAAAACUACACCUGAAAUACAAUACUUGAAAGCUAAUUUCAAAUACUUAAACAACUAAUUAUUCCUAUAAACCAUAAAAACAAAUACACCUAGUAUAGUCCCACAAGGUAUACAAAAUUGGUGACAGGAGAGUUAAUUAAGGUAUGAAGAAGUUUAACUGAGUUUAAGCUUGAUUAAAGUAACGAGUAAUUAUCAAAUACUAAUUAUGACUACUAAAUCUACAAACACUUGAUAAUAUAUUCCUAUAAAGACACCCUUAACCGGGUAAAGUAUAAGAGCUCUUUUUCAUCGGAACGAAUGAAACUGUCCGCUUUGUACGGGUGUCCGUAUAGCGGGAUUCCUCUGUUUUUUGUUUUUUGUUUUUUGUUUUUUUUUAAUUCAAUGUCUUACAUGGCUGUCAAUUGAGCCAAGUUUGAAACGUAACCCGUUCUACGAAAAAUAUAAGAGCUUUUUCUCCUCUGAAUAAAUGAAGCUUCCGCUUUAUACGGGUGUCCGUAGAACGGGCUCCACUGUUUUCACAUUUUUUUUUCCCUCAAACUUGGCUCAGUUUCCUUGAUAUUUUUUCUUUCGAUUUUGAUUUCGUUUUCUUUUCUUUGUCUUUCUUUUCCUGUUUUUCUUUGACUUCUCAGCGCUCCUCUUUUAAAACAAAGGUUUCGAUUUUAAUUUGAACAUUAUUUUCUACAUAGGAAAAACCUGCAGUGAUAUUAAGCUACACAGUCCUCAAGCCAAAAGUGGUUCUUACGUCAUCGACCCAGACGGAAUUGGUGGCUACGAACCCUUUACUGUCUCAUGUGACAUGACUGACAAGUACGAAGUUGGUGUGACAGUUAUUGGUCACGACAGUGAAGACAGAAUUUUAGUAAACGGACUGGAAAGCAGAGGAAGCUAUGUACGUGAUGUUAAUUACAUAGGAAGCAGUGUUGCACAGUUAGCUGUCCUAUCAUCCACCUCGGCGCACUGUGAGCAGUUUAUCAAGUACGAAUGCGUGGGCAGCAUGCUUUUCCGGGGUGGAAAUCCGCAUGGUUGGUGGGUAUCACGUGACAAUAUCAAGAUGACGUAUUGGGGUGGAGCUACUUCGGCUAAUCCCUACAAGUGCGCAUGCGGUGUGACGGACUCAUGCGCGGACAUAAGCUUUGGAUGCAAUUGCGAUAAAAAUGACGCUGUAUCACGUGAGGACAGCGGUCCUCUAACUGAAAAGUUAUAUCUUCCCGUGACACAGUUACGGUUUGGAGACACCAGUGGCGAUUAUGAGAAGGGUUACCACACCCUUGGAAAAUUUAAGUGUUACGGCAUAGCGUGA